AUGCUUCGAAGGCAGCACGAAGAAUUCGAGAGGCUCGAAGAUGCGAUAACCGAAGAAUUUUUACUGAAGAAACAGACGAGAUAUCUCUCUUCUACUAGCUCGUUGCUGACAUUGUAUAAUGAUAAUGAUGGGAUGAGGAAAGAAGAAAUAUCUGCUUUAUCUGGGCCCAAUGAGUUUGCUGAAUUCUACACUUUGGUUGACUUUUCUGAUGAAGAAGGUUACGGCAAGUACUUGGAUCUUCACGAACCUUAUGAUAAAUAUAUGAACAUCAAGGGAAUCGAGAGAAUAGACUAUCUUGCGUAUUUGGAAACAUUCGACCGCUUGUUCGACAUUCCAAAGAGAAGAAAACACGAAUACAAAAGAUACAUCAUCGUUCUCCUUGAUUACCUUUACUACUAUUGUCAACGUGUCCAACCGCUGGUCGAUCUUGAUAAGGAAAUGGAGGAAACCCAAGAAGAAUUUGAUAGAAACUGGGCGCAAGGAUGAUUUCCAGGAUGGCCCAAAGAUACCGGAAGUGCUUUGGCGCAAUCUGGGGCACAUCUUGAUCUGUGUGGUUUCUCAUCUGCUGAGCUUUGGUUGACUUUUCUGAUGAAGAAGGUUACGGCAAGUACUUGGAUCUUCACGAACCUUAUGAUAAAUAUAUGAACAUCAAGGGAAUCGAGGUAAUUCAACUAGGUCGCAUGCGUUUAGUUAUGAAAUUCCCGCCGCUGUUUUAAACCAAUCAGUAAUCAAAAUGAAUAUUUACGAAAA